CGGCGGCGGGCGCGGGCUCCCCCGUUCUCCUCCCCCAGCGGCCGGUGCGAGGAUGUCCCGGAGACCCCGGCACAGUAUAUAUAGUAGUGAUGAUGAUGAUGAAGAUGUUGAAAUGUAUGAUCACGAUUAUGAUGGCCUGCUCCCUAAGACUGGAAAACGUCACUUAGGAAAAACCAGGUGGACCCGGGAAGAGGAUGAGAAACUGAAGAAGCUUGUGGAGCAGAAUGGCACAGAAGACUGGAAAGUCAUUGCUAAUUUCCUUCCUAAUCGGACGGAUGUGCAGUGCCAGCACCGAUGGCAGAAGGUACUAAACCCAGAACUUAUUAAAGGUCCAUGGACUAAAGAAGAGGAUCAAAGGGUUAUAGAGCUCGUGCAGAAAUACGGUCCAAAGCGCUGGUCUGUCAUUGCUAAGCAUUUGAAGGGAAGGAUUGGAAAACAGUGCAGGGAGAGGUGGCACAACCAUUUGAACCCAGAAGUGAAGAAAACCUCCUGGACAGAAGAGGAAGAUAGAAUUAUUUACCAGGCACACAAGAGGCUGGGAAACAGAUGGGCAGAGAUUGCAAAGUUGCUGCCUGGACGAACUGAUAAUGCUAUCAAGAACCACUGGAAUUCCACCAUGCGCCGAAAGGUUGAGCAGGAGGGCUACCUGCAGGAGUCCUCCAAAGCCUGUCACUCCUCAGCAGCUGCUGGCUUUCAGAAGAGCAACCACUUGAUGGCCUUUGCUCACAACCCAUCGCCAUCUGCCCAGCUGCCAGUAGCUGGUCAGCCCCCGCUGAGCAGUGACUACCCCUACUACCACAUCUCUGAGCCACAAAACGUUCCUGGUCAGAUCCCAUAUCCAGUAGCACUGCAUGUAAAUAUUGUCAAUGUUCCUCAGCCAGCUGCUGCAGCUAUCCAGAGACACUAUAAUGAUGAAGACCCUGAGAAAGAAAAACGAAUAAAGGAAUUAGAGUUGCUACUAAUGUCGACUGAGAAUGAACUGAAAGGGCAGCAGGCAUUACCAACACAGAACCACACAUCAAACUACACAGGCUGGCACAGCACCACAAUUGCUGACAGUAGCAGGACCAGUGGUGACAGUGCACCUGUUUCCUGUUUGGGGGAACAUCACCACUGUACUCCAUCUCCACCGGUGGAUCACGGUUGCUUACCUGAGGAAAGUGCAUCCCCUGCACGGUGCAUGAUUGUUCACCAGAGCAACAUCCUGGAUAAUGUUAAGAAUCUCUUAGAAUUUGCAGAAACACUCCACUUAUUAGACUCCGGCAGUGCGGCUCCGUGGGUCCUUCUUCGCAAAAGGAGAGGGCACUCCAGCCCCUUAGCCAGUGGCCACGGUAGCACCUUGGUCCUAGCUGACGUCAGCAGCUCAACUCCUCCUAAGCGCUCCCCUGUCAAAAGCCUGCCCUUCUCUCCCUCGCAGUUCUUAAACACCUCAUCCAAUCAUGAAAACUUGAACCUGGACAACCCUGCACUCACUUCCACACCAGUAUGUGGCCAUAAGACGGCAGGUACCGCCCCGUUCCACAGGGAGCAAACUUUCAAAGCUCAGAAGGAAAACCAUGUUUUCAGAACUCCAGCAAUCAAGAGGUCGAUAUUAGAAAGCUCUCCAAGAACACCCACUCCAUUCAAAAACGCACUUGCAGCUCAGGAAAUCAAAUACGGUCCUUUGAAGAUGCUGCCUCAAACUCCGACUCAUCUUGUAGAAGAUCUGCAGGAUGUUAUCAAGCAGGAGUCGGAGGAAUCUGCAAUGGUGGCUGGGCUACAUGAAAGUGGACCCCCUUUGCUGAAGAAAAUCAAACAAGAGGUGGAGUCUCCAACAGAUAAAGCUGGAAAUUUUUUUUGCUCAAAUCACUGGGAAGGAGAAAACCUGAACACUCAGCUCUUUACACCUGGGUCUACUAUGGAAGAUGUGCCAAAUCUUCUUACCAGCUCCAUUUUAAAGAUGCCUGUGUCUGAAGAGGAUGGUAGUUUUCACAAAACAGUUGCAGCACCUAGAAACAGGCCACUAGCUAGUCCUCUGCAGCAUCUGAACAACGCCUGGGAGUCAGCAUCCUGUGGGAAAAUCGAAGAUCAGAUGGCUCUGACAGAUCAGGCACGCAAGUACAUGGCCACCUUCCCCACCCGGACUCUGGUGAUGUGAAAAGGUUGACGAAUAGAGAAGCAUUAUGGUUUUGAGAACACUUCACCUCUGCUGGGAAAUUCCUGUUCCUCUGCAUGAAAACUUUUCAUGAAUGGGAGAAGAGCCUAUCUUUGUUGUGGUACAACAGUUGGGAGCAGCACAAAGUGCAUUUACUCACUCAGCAUAUAUAUUCUUGUUGGAUUUGACCCAACUUAAGAGUUGUUUUUUUUUUUUAAUGAUACUUGCCUAAAUUAUUAGGUAUUGAAUUUGAAUCAGUAAUUAAUGAUCUUAAGUGCAGACUUAUAAUAAAGACAAUUUUUCUUGUACUUUUUGAGAUCAAGCAGACUUAAUACACCAGUAUUGUUAUUUCAGUGAUGUGCUAGUCAAGGGGUGGGGUUUUGUUUCUUUUUUUAUUUUUCUUUAAUAAUAAAAGAGCAGGUACUCAAACAGAUAUAUUUUAAGUCACUGAACAAAAUGCAUUGGUGUAAAAUACUGAAGUGAAAAGCAUUACUAUAAACGCUUGUCUGUGCAAAAGGGGAAAACUGAUCAAGAUUGUGAAUACUCAAAUAUCCAUGCCUCUUGAAAUACUCUUUUCUGUUUUGGUUCUAGACCAUUAUACAUUGUGUGUUUCUGUUGGGGGGGGUAAUUAGCUUGCUUUAAAAAAUAUUACUGUAUGAAACAUAGAUUUAUGAGAAAAAAUAUAUUUUUAUUCAGUAAUUUAAUUUUGUAAAUGCCAAAUGAAUACUGUGUUUUGCUGCUACAGACCUUAGCGUGUAGACAUGCUGCUAGUGUAAAAGGAGCAGUAGAGCUUUAUGGAAAGAAAACAAAUGUUGAUGUUAGCUAAUUGACUAUGCACUAGCGUUUCAGACCUUUUUGUUUUAAUUUUUUUUUACAUCAUUUAUAUUUUUCCCCUUUUUUUAUAAGCAAUAUUUUUGAACACUGUUCAUGGGAGAUUUUUUUUUUUUGUCUGGAUGUGUUGUUUUGUUUCUCAUUGGUUUGUAACAGCAUGCAUUGCACCUUCAUAUGUUUGGGAGAACACUGUCUUGUUCAUGUUGUCUCUUUUGUUCCAUGUCUAGCUAGUUGUUCCCUAACUUGAGUCUUGUGUACUGAAUCAGGUUUUUAGAAAUACAUGGUUCUUUGUACUGCCAUAUCAACUCUUUAUUGAUAUGGCAAAACACUGAUUUUAUUUUAUUUUUUUAUUGUUUUGUUGUUUUAUAACAGCCUUUGAAUUUGCUGCCUUAAUAGCAUUUGGUGCAGCUUCAUCUGCACUUAAUUUUUUAUACAACAAUGUACUGCCUUGUAGAUAAAUAAAGUGUGUUCUUUUUUACUUAAA